GUUUGGGAGUCGAGUCGCACUGUCCGCUGCAGUGAUGGGCCGCGAGGGGGUGCCGUUGUCACUGUCACUCGUUACUCGCAACAGCAGCUAGGGGGCUCUGGUCUUGGUCUUCCUUACCUUCCCCCCCCCACCUCCCCUACAUUGACCCCUACCACCUCUUCCGUUCUCCCCCUCACCCUCUGGAACUGAAUUUUUAUUUUCCCCCUUUGGCACCGUAUAUCUUUGUACCCCUCCCGCUCUGUCUCAUGAUAUUGUUUUUUACCCCGCACCAGGGUCUGGAGGAGUCCAUGUCUCGCUUCUACAUCGCCUCCAUCGUGCUGGCGCUGGAGUAUCUGCACGACAACAGCAUCGCAUUCCGCGACCUCAAGCCGGAGAACGUGCUCAUUGAUGCGCAGGGCUACGUGAAGCUGGGUGACUUUGGAUUCGCCAAGAUGGUGGAGACGGGCGGGCGCACCUACACCUUCUGCGGCACGCCGGGAUACGUGGCGCCGGAGAACGUGAUGGGGCGGGGAUACAACCACUCGGUGGACUGGUGGACCCUGGGCGUGCUGAUGUACGUGCUGCUGACGGCGCGCCAGCCCUUCACCAGCCCCAAGACGCAGGACCCCAUGGAGGUGAUGCGGCGCAUCGUGGACGAGCGCUGGCCCAUCAAGUACCCGCCCUACAUGAGCGAGGAGGCGACGGACCUGAUCAGCAAGCUGCUGGAGAGGAAGCCGGUGAAGCGGAUUGGCAUGCUGCAGGGCAAGGCUCGCGACAUCAAGCAGCACCCCUGGUUCGCCGGGUUCGACUGGGAGGGGCUGGCCGCACGCCGCAUCGACCCGCCCCGCAAGCCCAAGGAGAGCGACAGCGCCAAGCGCAAGAGCGAGCUGGCGGAGGCGCACCGGGGGGAGCCCAAGGAGCCGCCGCCGGCCACCGCGCAGGAGAUGGCGGAGUGGGACCGCAUGUUCCGGGACUUUUAAAGAGUAGAAAGGGGAGGGAAGGAGGAUGGAAUUUGCUUGAUAGAAGUGGAACGGGGGAGGGAGGAGGGAAGGGAGAGGUGGAAGAGCAGGAGGUGGUGGUGGCUGUGAGCUUGACCCACGGUGUGUGGCUUUACUUAUGUGUGUGUGUGCAUCGGUUGUCGGCUGCACACGUUUAUGCAUGAGCGGUGCCGUAUUGAGCAUUUUGCUUUUCGGGUAAUGGGGGCGGGAAAAGAAUGGGAAAGGAAGGGAAGAGGAGGAGGUGGAUAGUUAGGGUAACUGUCUUGGGGUUUUGUUUGUAGGUUGUGCUUAUCUGGAAACGUUUGACCGAUCAACUACGUAGCGUCACACACGACUACACGACUCGUAUCGCGCGUCACACACAGAUGGUUUCCUGGCAAGCGCCAAUCUGCAUGUAUGGGCAACCCCUUGCGUUAAGCCACGUUGGGCCAUGUUACUAACCCAUUUGCGUUGCUGGGACCUUUGACCUGGACGACGACAUGUGUUUAUCAUGUUUCCAUUUCUCGCGGUUCCCGCGUUUGUGUUGUGAGUUGUCAGCUAUUGAGUCUUUGAAGGUGAGGUCUUUCGGUCUAUCUUGAGGGCGCCAGCAGCCCCUCUCAUUGCGGUGGCUGGUGGAAGGAAGAUUGUCAUGAAGUUCCCUACUUGUUAUAGAGGAAGAAGAACGAAAUAUACAAGCAAUAUAUCAAAACCACUCAUGCCUUACAUUCGGCGUUUCGCGUUUUUCUGCGCCUCCGUGAUGAAUAAGUCGUGUUGCAAUGAACCGGAUGUCGCGGGCCGCAAGGGGAAGAUGCGGGUGUGUGUGUGGGUUUAAGGAGGGCAGGGGGUGGGAGAUUGCGGGUGUUUAGAAAACUGGCCACACGCAUGGCACUCUUCCUCCUCCUGUGUUCGUUUGAAGAUUUUGCUGAUGAGAGCUCGGUAAUGCUGUUGUGGGAGGAGGGGAGCAAGUGCAGGUUCUGACAUGUCAGGUGGAGGAGCAGGUUUUGACAGGUUGCGCACUUUGACAGGGAGGAGUAUCUGCCUGGUCGGACGCAAGUAUGUUAAUCGUGAUUGGUGUAAAGAAAGCUUGGGUGGAGUUUUGUUACCGGUAGCUGCUCCUAGGCUCGGAGAAUAAACCACCUUUUGCUCCGGCCGAGGCUUUUGUAUGUGCUGCUGCUGCUUGGGCGGUGGCGGCGGUGAUACACCGAUAUAUAUGUGCGGGCUUCCUUGUUGUAUCACACGUGUGUGACGUUCGUUUCGCUGCGAACCGUUGGUAGUUCGUUGCGAAUGUCGUGCCGUGGAUUGUAUAACUGACUCUUCUUCUGAGAGUGACUUGACAGCAUGGAUAUUAAAGGCGUUGCCAAAGCCGCCGCAUAUGCGGCGUUUGGGUUACUACUAGAGAGGGUUGACGCAACUGCUAUUAUCAACAGCGCUACUAGGAGAAUAAAAAAGUAUGCAAACGCGCAGAAGUGCACGAACGGAUGAGGGCUGUGCGGAUGGGUUGGGUGUUGGGCGGGUGGUUGGCUGACGCACAUGGCAACCUUGGUCUUUGGUGUGAUG